AUGAGCUCGAAAGGCUGGAGCAACGUCAACGUUCUCACCGACGAGGAGAUCGUCUACUUGGACACUACAAGUGCCACUUCUGCCGGCUCGCCGUCCGUUGAUGGCACGUUCUCGGAAAGCGACGACGGCGACUUUGUCCUCGUGCCGCACACGCCUCUUGCGUCUCGCAACCCCGCCUUGCCCUUGCCUGCCUCCUCAUCUGCGCCCGCUGUAGCCCCUGUGCCCGAGGAGAAGGAGAAAGUUCAUGGAACGGACGAUGCCGAACUGGAAACCGCGCUCGCGUCCCUCUCGCUCACGCGCACGCCCAAGCCCCAGAAGAAGCAGACCCCGAGCCCAAAGCAGCAGCGGCAAAUCCCGAAGCCGACGGCAGCGCCCGUCUCGCCGAGUGCGAAGCGCCGCCGCCGGCGAGCGCGCACUGCAUCGCCUACGCCUUCUGAGCUUUCCAUCUCGCGCUGCUCGGCCGCCGCAGUACCGGGUUCGGCAUAUCCAUCACCGCCUGUAUCGCCUGCACCCUCCGCGCCUUCUACGGCCUCACGUGCGCCAAGUGUAGCCUCGUCUUACCUUGCACCACCUACGGUGCCGAUGUCUAGGCGGGCACGGAAGCGUCUUGCUGCCCAACGCGCGAAGGGCCAGGGUCUCGGCCAAGGGGUCGUCGAUGACUUCAGCGAUACGACAGGGAUGAGCGUUGUCGAUGAUUUCUCGGAUACGCUCAGCGAGUUGAGCGACUCGGAUUGCGACGAGCGUGCAAGAGACAUGGCUGUCGUCAAGGCGCAGCAGUACAUCGCAUCAUAUCUAGCAAACCCGCCACCUGUGACCAAUAACGGGAUGCUUCUCCCGCUUCUGCAAGCUCUUAUCGUCGAACUUGGCAUCCUAUCUUCACCGUCGCCGUCCACUGAAUCGACGCUGGUCGUGCCGCGCACAUUGACCGCCGCACGCGCCCUCCUCAAGUCUCGCGCAUUCAUAAGUGUACGCGAGUACCUUGUCGCGCGCGAAGAAGGGCCCGAUGCGCUCGCCCGCGUGAUGCACCCAUCACGCGGCGCGCUCGUCAAAGCGCUCAGGAAGCAGAGCGAUCAACGAGCCCCAAAGGACUGGGUCAAGAAGUCCGGUCUGGGAGUGUUGCUCGUCGAUCUGCACUUCUGA